AUGAAGAAAUUAAACAUGAUUAUUAUAAAUCUUGAGUGGUUGAUGGGGAAAUCAAAUCUUCAUCACGAAAACUCUACUUUAGGAUUCGGUAUGUCGUCGUUGUCUGUUUUUCUAAAGAGUUGUCUGAUAUAUCAUAAUCAUAGCUCAGUCUUUAAUAAUCUCCAAUUUUUAAUGGAAAUUUUAGUUAGAUAGUUUGUGUUUGGGUGGGUUGAAAAAGUAGUUGCGUAAGCAAGUGGGUCAAGUUACUAAGCAAAGAGUUACUAAGAAUAUUGCUAAGGGUAAAAUGCUUUUAAAAAAGAAAAUGCUAGUGAGACUAGCUAUGAAAUGGGUGAUUAUUAGAAGGAUGAUAAAUCAACUCCACUUCAAAUUUUUAUUUUCUUUUUGAAUUUUCAAAUUUAGUUUCUCAUAGAGUUAUUUUAUAGUUAUGAUGAGAGCAAGCGAAUGUAGUUUUUCUAAAUGAUAAGUUCGCUGCUUUGUAUUUAGAGAAGCUAUUCUCUGAUUAAAUUGAUUUCUAAUGAGGAAAUUGUUUUAACCAUAAAAAGCUCUUUCUUUUGUAUAGGAUGUAAUUGA